UCUGGUCAGAGAUAUAAAUAAAGAAAGGAGGGAAAGAGAGUGAGUGAGAAUCAGAGUGAAAAAGCGGAGGGUGGGUGAAAGAACGAAGAAACUAAAGUGGAAUACAACUGUCUCUUUUACACAUCUACAACUUGGGAAUAUGGGCAACACCAAGAGUGGCGCUUUGUCCAAAGCGAUUCUGGAUGAUCUCAAGAUGAACACCAAAUACUCAGAGGAAGAACUGUGUACAUGGUACGCCAGCUUUCUCAAAGAGUGCCCCACUGGACGCAUCACUAAAGAACAGUUUGAAGGCAUCUAUGCCAGCUUCUUUCCCAAUGCCGACCCUACUGCCUAUGCACGACAUGUAUUCCGCAGCUUUGACACCAAUGCUGACGGCACCUUGGAUUUUAAGGAGUACAUUGUCGCAUUGCAUCUUACCUCUUCAGGCAAGACCCUGCAAAAGCUUGAGUGGGCGUUCGCUUUGUAUGAUGUAGACGGCAAUGGGACCAUCAGUAAAAACGAGAUGCAGGAGAUUGUCAGGUCAAUAUUCAACAUGAUUCCAUCCGAGGACCAGAAAAUCCUUCCAGAAGAUGAAAACACACCAGAAAAGAGAGCAGACAAAAUCUGGAACUUCUUUGGAAAGACUGAAGAUGAUAAGAUUGGCGAAGGAGAAUUCAUUCAGGGUGUCAUGGAAAACAAAGACAUCUUGAGGUUAAUACAGUUUGACGAGCCAAAGAAGAUUCAGGACAAACUAAAGGAAAAGAAGCAUUAAUGGCCACAUUUCAAUGAAACUGUUCAGAACCCCAUUUCCAUUCCCUUAACGCCCAACCUACACCACCCAGACUGCUUUUCCAGGCCACAUUUUGGAAGACCCACAGCACUGCCAUGAAUCAGACAAACAUAGCUGUUCCUAUAACACAUAAAUGACUUAUUUGCUGGACCACCAGUAAGUAAAAUUGUACCUGAAGGAAUUCUCCCAUUGGCUUUGCCAAUGUUUUUGAGUCCAAUUUCGAUAAGAGCAUUAGGCUCAUGUUAACAGACCUACUCUAGAACACUCAAUCCUCUUAUGAUCUGAAGGUCGGGUAAGACAAAUCCGCAGGGUCCUGAGGCUCUCCUGUUUUAGAUCCCUUCAGGGUUAAGGUGGUUUAAGGUCUCAACAUGCAUUCAUCAGAUAUUGAAACAAUAUGUUUAAUAGAUGACUGGAUAUAUUUUAUCAAAUAAAUUUCUUGUACUGUGUUUUUUCAGGACGUUGCAAGAACUGUAGAGAAUAAUAAAGUGAACAUUUUAGGAAUACAUAUGAAAAAUAGCUAUAAAUCUAUGUAAUUACUGAUCAAUCCUUCAUUGCCAACUAGCCACAUUAAAAUAUGUUUUCUGCCCUUUGUAAUCAAUGAAGAUUUAAGAAUUGUUGUGUCUGUAAGGAAUAAGUGAAUAUACUGUACUACUUACAAAUGACUGCUUGGUUUCUAUCCAAGUAUCUUGUGUAAUAAUUUAGCAUCCUGGUGUUUUAGAUGAGUACAGAUUGUGUAUAUGCUUUCCCAAAUAAUAGUGUUUUUUAGUUGAUUUUCAAUGCAAAUAUUGUUUCUGUAACCCUCUGUUUGAGAAAGUUACUGACCUACUUUUGUACAUGCUGUAUCACACAAAAACAAAGCUGACUGAAAUGUAAUAAUUUGCUUGUCCUUUUUAUCUGAAUGAGUUGAGAGUGAGAUUAGAGCCUUGAGUCUACGAACAAGUUUAGACUUACUAAACUUAAGCACUAGAAAGGGCUUCAACCCUGAGCGUAUCUGUAUCAUGUUGACGCUGCUUACAGCCAAAGCUCUGAGGACAAGCCUGAUGCACAGUGGCUUACCUCUUUCUUUUCUUGAAGCUAUCUUUGGCAAUUCAUGGCCUGGUUUCAAUACAAAACAUAGACUGGAGCUCUGUAGCAUGGUGGCUGCUGACCCAAAAUAAACCAAGGGAUAAAAGGUUAAGGGUCAUUCC